CCGAAUAGCUCCGGGCUUCUGCAAUUUUAUUUAUUCUCUAAUUUCUGCUCGGCACCGAAGCUGUUUGUACCUUAACCACUUGGAACAUUUGGUUGACUGGUAUGCGGCCUCCCGGACUACAAUUAAUAACAUUUCCAGCCAAUAAAUUAUUUUUCAUCAAUUACUUUCUAUUAGCGCCUAUUCAUGUAGCCAAACGCAGCUUAACAACAUUCAACAAUCAUCUGCCAGAAAUCGCUCGACAAAUACGCAUCUCCGGUCUACUUCCGCGCAAAAAUAGAAAUAGCCGGUUGGUCUUUAUUUACUUUUAGUGUGUUUUGAUUCUUAUUUUCGUCACCAUGUCGGCCAAGCACUCGAAACAGUUUUGCCGCAAGUCAAGCAUGGAUGACAUCGAAUUGAAGAACAUCCAGUUGCAGUUCCCGUCAGUGAGGUCGCUCUCCAGAGAUGACUCUUCCUCGCAAGAGGAGGUCGUUGAAACUGACCGCGGGAACAUCGUGGUUGCCGUGCAGGGAGCGAGGAAUAAGCCCGCCAUUUUGACCUACCAUGACUUGGGAUUAAACUAUAUUUCAAGCUUCCAAGCUUUCUUCAACUACAUUGACAUGCGAGCGCUGUUAGAAAACUUCUGCGUUUACCAUGUGAAUGCUCCUGGGCAAGAGGAAGGUGCUCAGACACUUCCUGAAGACUACAUCUACCCGACUAUGGACGAGCUCGCCAAUCAGCUGAGCUUUGUUCUAACGCACUUCGGCCUAAAGCAGUUCAUCGGUUUCGGCGUGGGCGCCGGGGCCAACGUGCUCUGCAGAUACGCCUUGAACAACCCGGAAAGGGUAUCCGCCCUUUGUCUGGUCAACUGCAUCAGCACGCAGGCAGGCUGGAUAGAGUGGGGGUACCAGAAGCUGAACGCGCGCCAUCUAAGAUCCAAAGGCAUGACGCAGGGCGUGCUGGAUUAUCUCAUGUGGCACCACUUCGGCAGGCAAACUGAAGAGAGAAACCACGACCUGGUCCAAGUGUACAAAAGCUAUUUUGAGCGCAACGUGAACCCGACGAAUCUCAGCAUGUUCAUCGAUAGCUACAUCCGUAGGACAGACCUGAACAUCCACAGGGAGAUGGAUCCCAACAAGAAGAAGAACGCCACGCUCUCUAUGCCAGUCAUCAACAUCACAGGGUCACUGAGCCCACACAUGGACGAUACUGUCACGUUCAAUGGACGAUUGGAUCCGACGAACUCCUCUUGGAUGAAGAUAUCGGACUGCGGGAUGGUGUUAGAAGAGCAACCAGGCAAAGUCAGCGAAGCAUUCAGAUUAUUCCUGCAAGGAGAAGGCUAUGCCAUACAAGUGGGCAGACGGCGCUCCAGCUGUCUAUCAGUAGAAGGUAAAUCCUAAUGAUCAGAGAGUGUGAGUGCCAAGACAUAUGAACAUCUGUGUUUAGUGCGUAGGGUAAAUCACCUGCUCCCAAACUCUCCUCUCUAGUUUUUUAUUCGCCCCUCUAUCUCCUACAAAGAUGGCCAUGUUCCGCAAGGCUUCAAUGGAGGAAUUGUUGCUCAGAGGCAAAUAUUCUAAUGGCGGUCAUCAGCAGUGGCCGACAAACAUCAUCCGCAUUACUGAAAAUCCCAUAUCUGCCGUCGUCUGUUAAAAAGAUCGUACAAGCUGUAUUGAAAUUUAUAUUCGACUGAUGACUUGUGGGACGAUGUAUUGAUCUAAGAGAGUAUACAUUCGCAGGAUGUGUAAAAUUAGAUCUGUAAAGGUGGGAUUCCACUGAGACAACAUUGAACGACAUGAGGCAUGCUACUUGUUUCCUAGUGUUGCCAAAUUUUAUUAAUGCCUCAUGCGGAUUUUGUUCGUCUUCACGAUUCAAUUCAGGCAACUUCAGUUUAGUACGUCAUUGCGUUACAAACAGCCGCGGCGGUUGCUGCUUAUUUAGUAAUUUCUUUGGAACGGAAAAAAAGAAAAACACCACAAUAGAGGAGAAGAAAUAUAUACCCCCUUCUUGCAGGCGAUGUUCCACUCUUUUCUUCACGUAAUUUUUUUCGUUCCUGAUGGAACGCCGAACUCAAAUUCUAAUUUUUUUAAUGUCCAAUAUCGAACAGUUAUAUUUUCCUAUUUACAUAAAUUAACCAUUAAUAAAUAAGCCAACUAUUUUUGCCUCAUGAUCGUACAAGACCUGCCAUAAUUAUAUUUACCUGACAAUUCUCGUAAUGUAGCCUGCUUUAGUCGUGCAUCUUUAUAUCUUUCCGAUUUGUUGUUCCAUAAUUCACCCGAAUUAUGGUAACCUUCAAUUAAACAAGAUGUUUUCUCAUUGGUCCAUUCCAUUUUGUCGCCUGCUCCAAGCCGCACCGAUCCGACCGAGUUUGGAUAGCCGGCGACAGUGAUCAACACGUGGAUUCAUGUCGCCCUCGAGAGGCAAGAACAGGAUAUUUGUGGCAUGCGACAAGGAGACAUAUUUUUUGUCGUUGUGUGUUGCCGCUAUCGAACGACAGUGUGCCGCAUGCGUCAAAGCUGUAUACUACACGUUGCCCAAAAGUUGCCUCAGUAGAAUCGCGCGAAUUUAAAAAUAAUUUGCUCUUCGAUAAAGCUAGUAGAGGAAACAUUGAUGUGUCAAUACAAUUUUUCGGAUAUUUUACGAGACGAGCGUGAUUUAUCAGAUAUGAUUACUCUUGAAGGAAACUCGAGUUCACUUAGAUAACAUUUUAUUUUUGAUAGCUGGAACAUAUUGCUACGUCCAUAUUUCAAGGAUGCUGCAGUUUUUCUUAGUUUCUCUGCUCAUGGUUACUUAUAUUGCAAUUCGUUCAUUUAGAAAGAACAGCGGAAUACGUUAAAAAAUAAAAGAACUCAUUUAAAUCCUUAUUAUUUCCCUCUGAAGAAUAGUGAUUGAUUUGUUUUUCAUCAAAAUUAAAAAAUAAUCUUCCGCCUGGAAAACCUAAGAAGUAUAACAUCACAGCUUGAACACGAAAAUUUUCGUUUGAACUUUGGUGUGCAAACUAUCGGCAUUGCGUUGAGAAAAAGUUUUAAAAAAUUCCACAUUAAGGCAUUCUUUCGCAGUUUUCUUGCUCAUAUAUUACACGAAAAAUUGUAUACAAUAUACGUACCACAUAUACUAAGUUUUUUGUGAUACCUUUCCACAUCUUCUGUUUUGUACAUCCUGUGAACAUAUUUUAACAUAGCGUAGAUAGAUAAUCCGUUUUAAAUUAACAAUAAUGUUGCCGAUUUUUUUUGCUGUGUUCUUGUUAUGCAUUAAUCAGUAUUUUAUUUAUAAGUGAUCGACUAUAUACAGAGAGAGGGAGGAUUAUAAAGGCUAUAGCCUUUGCUAUUGCCUAUCUGACUAGACUAUAACUCAUAACUAUAACUAGAUACAGAGAUGGGAUAUAAAUUACUUCAAUAUUUACUCAAUAUAGUAAGAAUUGUUCGUGGAGAUUGUUUGAAGGUGUGGAUUCAACGAACAAUGUUUUCAUUGAUUUGUAUCAAAAAAAGGAUUUUGUAUAACAAAUAUAGGUACAGCUCUGAAAUUGUGUGCGAAUAUUUCUUUUUUAUGGAAAGAAUGUAAACGAGUGAUUAUUUUUGUUCUUAUUACUUUUCCUUUUCGAAAAAUCUUUGCUUUUCUUGAAAACUCAACUUGCUGCGAGACGUAUGUAUUGUUUUUACAUAGUGUUAAGCUUACAUGUAAUAUUUAUUCCACCUUUGUAUGCUAUAAAUUGUACGGACAUAUUGCAUCAUUAUAUGAUUGCUAUUGCGAUGAUAUAUUACACUGUGUGACCGCAAAAUAUAAAAAAAGCUCUACUAAUCACUUAUAUUUAUUGCUUAAUCUAUAUAUUCUUGUAUUUAUCGAAUGCCUCGACUUGAAGCUCUCGACCUCCCUCUCGUAUUUAUUGCGUAUAUACGUACAUUUAGAUUCUAAAAUUAAGUUUUCUUUGAAUUAUGUUUGUGCUGUUACAUUAUCGGUAACGUUUUCGAAACAGGGAUGAAAAAUUCGAUGGAACAUUAGUGUAUAGAUAAAAUAUAUGUAUAGCUCAAAGCAAAAUGUUACUGUGAAGAGACAAGAAAAAUUAUUUUAUAAUAGUUAUAUCUUAUACUAUAUAAAAAUGACAACUGUAAGAACAUAGAAUGGUUUUGGAAGUAUAACGUAGCCGGAAUAGCAAUGCUUAUAGGGCCGAAGGCAUAACCGCUCUUUAAGGCCUCCUUAUUCUAAUGACGCCUUUUUGUCACUUGGUAGUAAUAGUCUCAUAUCUAAGAAAAUGUUUUUUUUUAUAUAAUACCUUUUUCUUAUCUCUAGAUAUCAAUUAUUGACAAGUAAUGUGUGAUUCAUUUAUAGGUACUUUUUUCAGCAACAAAAUAGAAUAACAAAAUUCUUUUUUCUUGUCUAAUCUUUUUUAUUAAAGAAAAGAACUAUUUUUGAUAUUUAUUUUUUAAAUAUUAUUUCUUUCAAAUGUUGGCCCUGACUGCGGGUGAGAUGGUCCAUUCUAAAGUUUCGAUGACACUUUGGAGCAUUUCGACUGGAAUUUGGCGAACGACCUGCGUAAUGUUGGCUUCUAAUUCCUCAAUCGUAUUGGGCUUAUCAAUGUAGACUUUGGACUUAACGUAGCCCCAAAGGAAAAAAAGUCUAUAGGUGUGAUAUCACAUGAUCUAGGUGGCCAAUUCACUGGUCCAAAUCGUGAAAUUAAGUGUUCAUCGAAAUGUUCUCGCAAUAAAGCCAUGGUUGCACGGGCUGUGUGGCAAGUGGCGCCGUAUUGUUGGAACCAAAUGUCAUCGAGAUUACGGGCUUCAAUUUCAGACAGCAAAUAAUCCGUUAUCAUGGCGCGGUAACGAGCACCAUUCACAGUUACGAUCUGACCGGCCUUAUUUUUAAAAAAAUAGGGACCGAUGAUUCCACCGACCCAUAAACCACACCAAACCGUUGUUUUCGCUGGAUGUAAUGGCAGCUCUUGAACCACUUCGGGUUGUUCUUCACCCCAAAUACGACAGUUUUGUUUAUUAACGUAGCCGUUAAGCCAAAAAUGGGCCUCAUCGCUAAACAAAAUUUUGCUCGAAAACAUCGGAUCUUCUUCAAGCCGUGCAAGAGCCCAAAGACUGAAACGAUGACGCUUUGGAAGGUCGGCCGGCUUCAAUUCUUGAACGAGUUGAAUUUUAUAUGGUUUCAAAUUAAGAUUCUUACGUAAAAUACGCCAAGUUCUUGAAUACGCCAAGCCAAGCUGUUGAGCCCGGCGCCGAAUCGAUUCUUCGCGGUCCUCACGUAUACUCUCAGCUACCGUAGCUAUAUUUUCUUCACUGCGUGCUGGAUGUGGUCUAUUUGGUCGGGUAUUAUCCAAUAAUGAAAAUUGGGUUUCAAAUUUUUCGACCGUACGGCGAAGUGUGCGUUCGGUGGGCCGAUUAUGUACACCAUAAGUUGCUCUAAGUGCACGAAACACACUUCUCGCAGAACGUUGAUUUUCGUAGUACAGCUGAAUUAUUUGUAGACGCUGUGCUGGACAAGUCUUUCCAUGAUGAAAUGUCGAACGAUACUGAAACAGAAAAUGUCAAAUUAGUUGUCAUGACGCAUGCGCCAUAAGCAAUUACAGCCACACCAAAAAAGUACCUCUAAAUGAAUCACCCGUUAUUUUAUCCGUUUUCAUUAAUGCAUAAAAACCGAAAUGGUAGGGCCUAGCAUUUCUUGAAGAAAAUAGUGAAUUAAAGAAGCCUUAGAUCGAACAAGGCCGCCUUUUUUCUUGAUAAAGGUAAUUGACAACUCUCCUAUCACCGACAAGUGUAAAAAUUGUCAAAACAAAUGAGGCGUUUGCAUAAAUAAUGAUGUUUUAAUCGACGACUGUAUGCGUUUUACCCAUGGAAACUAUAUACCAGGACAAACUACGGCAAUGCUGUUCGUGCUAUAAAAACGGCCAUGGAACUUGACGCCUCGAGUGCUAGGGUUGCCAUGUUGGGGGAUUUUCCCCGCAUGCGCAGUAGUGGUACUCGCUUCAAUCACUGCGCCCUCAGUCAGGUGUCAAGUUUAGGGGUCGUUUUUUUUUCUCGUCGGUUCGUUUGGUAUAUAGGCUCCAGGGUUUGAACCCAGAUAGGAUUUUGGCAAAAACAAUUUUUUGUUGUCAAAUGCCGAAAUGACUGUCCCGGUUACGCUCAUGCGUCUAAAACCAGCAUGAGACAGAGAACUAAGUUGCGAGUGUGAUACUUUAAGUUCGAUUGUGAUAAAUUUCAAUACAGAGGAAGUUUGUUGGCCACUGCCAGUGAAAUAUAAAAAUGCACAUAUCUUUAGUUUAGAUUAUCGAAAAUUCGGACGUACCGUUGCAACGAAUAUCAACAUCACCAGCAAUAUCGAAAUGAGAAGCCUAGCGACAACAUAUGUAACGAUGACUUUAGGUCCGCUUUUAGAUGAUUUUUUUAUACUCUGAUGGAAGCUUUAUCAGGAAGAUCUACAAAAAAUAAAGUUGGGUUAUAACAAUUGGAAAUAAUACACCAAAUUGCGAGAAUUCAUAAAUAAUUUAACUUACAAAUUAGUUUUCUUUUCUUUUUCAAAUUCACAUCCUCAAUUUCUUUUGUUGUUGAUUUAUGAUAUAUCGUAUCUUUCACAGAGCAGAUAUAUGUUGAUUGUAAAUAUAAUCUUCAAAAAUAGAUAAAUCAGGUAAACAGUUUGUACCUUUCCUGAUAGAUCUUUUAUUCCCUAAUCACCUAAUCUAUCAACUACAUAACAAUUUUAGGUCUUAGUCUUACGCUUUACCUGUUCAUAGAAAGCCAAAGAAUAAAUUCUUUAAGGCAAAAAUGUGUAAAUCAUUGAAUUUUUGCUGUUGUAUAUGUUUCUAUUUUGUAUCUUUAUUUAUAAGACAAUGAAAAAAUGCAUCUUGUGCCUCGAUCUGUUAUGUUGAGCAGUAUUUGGUUAUAAUAAAGGUUGUUCAUAAACUACA